AGCAUUAGUUUAGGCCCAAUACCUAAAAGAUUUAUUUCAUGUCUGAUUUCAAAUACUUUCUUCGAAGCAUCUUCUAGAUUUUUCCCAGAUUAUAGUGCUAGACGACGAGUGUCUGAUCGGUUCAAUUUGUUUCAGAGAGCCAAAAUAAUCCUGAAAUUCAAUCAUGGAUCCCGAAUUGGCAAAGAAGAUAGAGGAAACGGUGCUGGAGGUGUUGAAGAAUUCGGAUAUGGAUUCUACGACGGAAUUCCAAGUUCGGAAAUCAGCGUCCGAGAAGCUCGGAGUCGAUUUAUCCAAGUCUGAACGGAAGAAACUCGUCCGGAAUGUCGUCCAGACGUACCUUGAGGAACAACAGUCUAAAGCAGAGGCUGAUGAAAAGGCGGCCGAAGAAGGCGAAGAGGAGGAGGAGGAAGAAGACAGUGAAGAUGAGAGGAAGAAGGGAAAGAAAGGGGCUAAGGAGUACGAUGACGAUGGAGAUCUUAUCAUUUGCCGACUGUCAAAUAAAAGAAGGGUAACUAUUACUGAAUUCAGAGGAAAAGGUUUGGUGUCUAUAAGGGAGUACUACAAUAAAGAUGGCAAAGAGCUUCCUAGUUCUAAAGGUAUCAGCUUGACUGUUGAACAGUGGUCAACCUUCAGCAAGAAUGUACCUGCCAUAGAGAAAGCCAUCAAGAAAAUGGAGGAUAGAUUGAACUACUAAAUGGCAUGCUAUGUUGUUGGAAAUAGCUGAUGUUUGAUAGCCAGUUGUAUAUGCAAACUUUCUCCUGCUGAUUUGAAACAAACAGUCAGAUGAUUUUUUGACUU